AUGGCUUCUAUUUCUACACCACUUUCUUAUCCUUUUCCUUGUGGCCAGGGAACGAAGACAAAGUACAAUGGCCGCAGAAUUUUUCUCACGAGAGCAAACUUGGAAGACGCAGAGGGACGAGUUUUGCAACAAGAUCUCGAAGCGGCUCAAGCAGCUCUUGCUCCCAGGUUCAGCAGAAGAUUUACAAUUGGAAUUCUUUCGGCAGCAGGACUGGGAAUUGGAGCAAACUUUUUGGGAACUACGAGCUUCGUGCUUGGAUUAAACCCGGAAGUCGCAAGAAGCUUGAGGCUGGACGUCCUGUAUCCUGUCCGGGGCUUCUUCAGAUGCUUAGACACAGACAAAGGUUUCGAGUUUAUCUAUCCUCAAGACUGGUUUGGCGAUCAAAAGAUCUUGUAUAGGUCCAUUGAGAAGGCCGAGAAAGAAAGGCCUCUGGACUUGCCGGCACUCAAAGAGCAAAGAUCGCCAGCGAAAGUUCUAGUGGAGCCUGUCACUGCUUUCGGACCUCCUGGAACAGAUGGCGAAGUUAACGUGAGCGUGAUCGUAGCUCCAAUCCUCCCUUCUUUCAGUUUGGAGCAGCUAGGAGAUGCCAAAGAAGCUGCUAAACUCAUCCUGGACAAGUUCAUAGCUCCACCAGGAUCGAAGAAAACGGCAACUCUGGUGGAUGCCUUGACUAGAAGAGAUGAAAAGGCAGUCUACUACACACUGGAGUACUGUGUGGAAGCUCCCACAUUCUUUAGACACAAUGUGGCUGUCUACACUUCUCUCAAAGGCAAGCUCUUCUCUUUGAAUGUGCAGACUCCCCAGGCUCAGUGGUCACACCAGAGAGAAGAAUUCAUCCAAAUUGCAAACUCUUUCAAAGUAAUCUAAAGGGCUAAUUAGCAUAAUUAACAUCUAUCAGAUGGCAGCUUGAUUGAGCUCCAAAUCAAACGACAAUGCUCUACGUACACCCUUUGAAGACGGGCAUGGCCUUCAAAAACUCCAGCCUCCCGGCAGCUGGGCUCGAAAGAGAUGAAGUUCUCGCCUUUUCAACACCAAUGUAACAAGUGUUUUGCGACUGAAGUACUCUCAGACAUUUUUGGUU